GAAGACACGCGCCGCGGAUAUUAAUAAGACACUGUCACGCUCCACCACAUACUUUUUUCCUUUACAUUUCUCAUUUUCUCUCUCUCUCUCUCUCUCUCUGAAAUCGAACCCUCGAUCGAAAACGAACACACCUUAUUUCUUCUCCUAUAUCUUCUCCACCACCAUCGCUCCUAAUCAAAUCUUCUACUACCACAACUAACACAUGGCGAACGCAGCAUCAGGUAUGGCAGUCCAUGACGACUGCAAGUUAAGGUUUUUGGAGCUCAAGGCAAAAAGGACAUACCGGUUCAUUAUUUACAAGAUUGAGGAGGCUCAGAAGCAAGUCGUUGUGGAGAAGCUUGGUGAUCCAACCCAAGGCUAUGAAGAUUUCACAGCUAACAUUCCUGCUGAUGAGUGCCGUUAUGCUGUUUAUGAUUUUGAGUAUCUGACAGAAGGGAAUGUCCCAAAAAGCAGAAUUUUUUUCAUUGGGUGGUCGCCUGAUACAGCAAGGGUGAGAAGCAAGAUGAUUUAUGCAAGCUCCAAAGACAGGUUCAAGAGGGAGCUGGAUGGAAUUCAAGUAGAGUUGCAGGCAACUGAUCCCACUGAAAUGGGUCUUGAUGUGUUCAAAAGCCGUGCAAACUGAAUUAUUAUUUUAUGAAUAGUAGGCUUUCUUGUGGGGGAGCAGCUCCCCUUAAGCCUUAGUUACUCAUAUUGAGAUAUCCAUAGUUUGUGGGUUGGUCAACUUUGACUAGUUAUGGUCUCAAACUCUCAAUUUUCCCAAGUUGUGGCAUAAAGUGUAUUGCACCUUCGACAGGCUUCUCUUGUUCCUCUGUAUUUUGUUAUGAUUUGUGAUUUAUACAAUCUGCGUUUGAGUGGCAUUUUACUCCUCGUAUCCUCUUUACUAGUUGAAUUUGUAACUGUUUUGUGUGAUGAUAAGACAAGAAAUGGAAUUCAUUUUUUCAAUAUUGA